AUGGCUACAGAAACUUCAGUUGUCUCAGCAAGUCACCAAUUUGAAUCAGCAGUUUUUAACUCUCCAGUCGAUCAAGUAUGGGCUCAUAUUCGAAAUUUAUCAUUCCAUAUCCUCUGUCCUAAUUGGGUAUCUAGUGUAUCUUGGUCUGAGGGUGAUUCUGGAAAAGUCGGCGCAACAGUUCAUAUGACUUAUACAGACGGAACUCAAUGGACUGUGAAUAUCUUAGAAAUCAGUGAUAUAAAGAGGACUAUUGUAUAUUAUAAAUAAAAACAUGGAAUUUUCUAAUAAAUAAAAAGAAUUACUCUUUAUAUAAGGCAGGGAUUGGCUAUUAGUAUAAAACAUAUGAGAAAUUUUUAAUAGGUAUAUACGAAUUAAUUCACGCUGACCCUGCAGCUCACUCUUUUUCUUAUGUCAACACAAUAAGAGUCUUCAAAGAAACAUUGACCAAUAAGACUUUUCUUAUCUGGGAAACCGACUUCUCUAACGACGCUACUGCAAACACUGUGAUGGACUGCAAGUACAAGAAGAUUGAAGCUCUUUCCGCAAUGGCAAAUGCAUUAAAUAAUUAA